AUGAUGGGCCACCAUCCAGUGCUUGUGCUCAGUCAGAAUACAAAGCGUGAAUCUGGAAGAAAAGUUCAAUCUGGAAACAUCAGUGCUGCCAAGACAAUUGCAGAUAUCAUCCGAACAUGCUUGGGACCCAAGUCCAUGAUGAAGAUGCUUUUGGACCCAAUGGGAGGCAUCAUACCUGGUGGCAUCAUUGAAGAUUCCUGUGUCUUACGUGGAGUCAUGAUUAACAAGGAUGUGACCCAUCCACGAAUGCGCCGCUAUAUCAAGAACCCUCGCAUUGUGCUACUGGAUUCUUCUUUGGAGUACAAGAAAGGGGAAGGCCAAACUGAUAUUGAGAUUACACGAGAGGAAGACUUCACCCGCAUCCUGCAAAUGGAAGAAGAGUACAUUCAGCAGCUCUGUGAGGACAUAAUCCAGCUGAAGCCUGAUGUGGUCAUCACAGAAAAGGGCAUCUCAGAUUUAGCUCAGCACUAUCUCAUGCGGGCCAAUAUCACAGCCAUUCGUAGAGUCCGAAAGACAGACAAUAAUCGAAUUGCUAGAGCCUGUGGGGCACGGAUAGUCAGCGGACCAGAGGAACUGAGAGAUGAUGUUGGAACAGGAGCAGGCUUAAUGGAAAUCAAGAAGAUUGGAGAUGAGUACUUCACAUUCAUCACUGAGUGCAAAGACCCAAAGGCUUGCACCAUUCUCCUUAGAGGGGCCAGCAAAGAGAUUCUCUCAGAAGUAGAGCGCAACCUCCAGGAUGCCAUGCAAGUGUGCCGUAACGUUCUCCUGGACCCUCAGCUGGUGCCAGGCGGUGGCGCCUCUGAGAUGGCUGUGGCCCAUGCCUUGACAGAAAAAUCCAAGGCCAUGACUGGUGUGGAACAGUGGCCAUAUAGAGCUGUUGCCCAAGCAUUAGAGGUCAUCCCUCGUACCCUGAUCCAGAACUGUGGGGCCAGGAUCAUCCGUUUACUGACCUCCCUUCGGGCUAAGCACACACAGGAGAACUGUGAGACCUGGGGUGUAAAUGGCGAGACUGGUACCUUGGUGGACAUGAAAGAGCUGGGCAUAUGGGAGCCAUUGGCUGUGAAGCUACAAACAUAUAAAACAGCAGUGGAGACUGCAGUUCUGCUGCUCCGGAUUGAUGACAUCGUCUCAGGCCACAAAAAGAAGGGGGAUGACCAAAGCCGGCAAAGCAGUGCUCCUGAUGCUGGCCAGGAGUGAAUGGUGGGCAAGGUGACCAGCGCACAGAACCAGCAGUCUCCCCCUUCCUGAAGCAGAGUCCAGGAAUACUGUGGAUGUCUUUGUUGGAAGGGAUCAGGUUGAGGGGCAGCCCCCCAUCCCAGCUCAGUUUGCAAAAGGCACUGACAUGUAACUCUUCUCUAUUGUAAGCUUUCCAUUUAGUUUGCUUCUAAUGAUUAAAUCUAAGUCAUUUGAAAAAAAAAAAAA